AGUUCUAUUUUUAAUAGGUUAGAAUUGAAUUAUACGUGAGUAAAUUUCUUAAUUCAAUCUACGAAUUGUAAUUAAAAUAGAUCUCUAGUGUUUUUUUUUCAAUAACAUUUUUUUGUUAAUAUAGACUUUCAUUUGGUACGUCAUUAAAAAAUGUUGAAAUUAUCAAAGUCGUUAAAUAUCAAUGCCCGUCGGUGUUCUAAUAUCGCCAGUAGGAUUAUUCUAGAACCAUUAAAAAAUAGAGGCCUCCUUCAAGUAAAAGGUAACGAAACGAAAGAAUUUCUACAAGGUCUUAUAACAAAUGAUUUAGCCCAUUUGAGUGAAGGUACCAGUGGUUCAAUGUACACAUUAUUUCUAAAUACCAAAGGUAGGGUUUUAUUCGACGCCGUUGUAUAUAAAACUGAUAAUAGUGACGUGUACCUAAUAGAAUGUGAUACGAAAAUUGAAGAACAAUUAAUGAAACAUUUAAGAAUGUAUCGAGUUAGAAAAAAGAUUGAUAUAGUAAGUUUAAAUAAUGAAUAUAAAAUGCACGUUUUAUUUAAAAGUGAUAGCAUUAGAAAGACACGAGAACAAUCCGAAUAUAAUACCGAAUUAGACCUGCCUCUAAAAUCGACACUGAUUAAAAAGGGUAAUGAUAUAUUGAUUUUCAAAGAUCCCAGAAUAACUGAUCUAGGCUGUAGAAUAAUAUCAAAGUUGGAUGUAAAACUUGAAAAAGAUCUAUCUGUUUCAACACAAAUUAGUUCACCUAAUUGUUCAGAAAAUUAUAAAGUACUUCGCUAUUCUUUAGGUGUAGGUGAAGGUGUUGAAGAUUUACCGGUAGGGAAUUGUUUUCCUCUAGAAUCAAAUUGCGAUUAUUUACACGGCAUUAGUUUUCACAAAGGAUGUUACCUCGGACAAGAACUAACGGCUAGGACACAUCACACCGGUGUAACUAGGAAGCGUUUAAUGCCAUUAUUAUUUGAAAGGGCACCAAGUUUGUUACCAAACGAAAAUACUAUCAAAAUUAAUAAAAUAAAUUUAGGAAAAUUAAGAGGUAUCGAGCAAAAUUUAGGAUUGGCAUUGUUAAAAAUCGAAACUGCAUUAGAAAUUAGAGAAUUUAAAGUCGGCGAUGAAUUAGCUAAAGUUUGGAGACCUCAUUGGUGGCCUUUAGAACUACCCAAAGAAAAAUUUGGAGCACAGAAGACUUGAAAAUAUAACUUUUAGAUGUUAGUAAAGUUCUAUAAUGGAUACAAAAUUAGCUACCGAAAAAAAUGAAGGAAGGCCGUCAACUUCAGGUACUUUCAAGACUGAAGCUGGCAGUACCACCGAAAUGGAGGAACCCCAAUAUUUCCAGUGUUUUAGUUGUUCCUUUAGAACACCCUACGAGUAUUUCGGUCGAAACCCGUCUUGUUUUAAGAAUUAUCUGUUAUUAGAAGAUAGUUAUACUAUAGAAGAUCCAUUUUCACCACCUAAACAAGGGAAAAUCAUUAUAUUGGGUGCUCACUGUAUUAAAUGUAGAAAAUCAGUUUGUAAAGAUAAUAAAUGCAGUUUUUAUUUCGAGGGGACAUUGUGCCUUAAAUGCGCUAAACAAGAUAUUAAAAAUUUUCCAAUUAGUGUACGAGAAAAGUUGAAUAAAAUCAUUUAACGGUUGUAUUCGAAAAUUUUUAUUUGUAAUUAAAAGUUAGAUUUGAUUAAAUUGUAUCGUCGAGUGUAGAUGAAAUAAAGAGAAAAAAAUGACAAAUUUACUUUAA